AUGAACGUCUUAAUACCACUUGGAACGGGCGCAGGUAAAGCAACUGCUUUUCGGAACUGUAACAAACAGACAACAUCAAAUGUUAUUCAACUUGAUAAUGGGAAAAUGGUACUGAUAGAUUGUGGAGAUGGAAUUUUGAACGCAUUGACUAAGAUGGGAACACCACUCAAAAAUAUUGAGGCGAUAUUUAUCACCCAUUUACACUCCGACCACGUCGGUGGAAUCAUUUCCUUUUUGUUCAAUUUUGUGUUGGAGUCUUGCCAUGUAUUUGCACCAAAGGGUCUUAAUCUUCUCAUAGAAACAUUCAAAUUCAUUAGUCAAUCGACUAUCCCGCCGAGUGUCUAUAUUCAUGAACUCGAAUUUGUCGACGCGGAAAACAUAGCGACUUUGUCGAAUGGCAUCAAAGUAUCUGCAGUCACACUGCCACAUGAGAUUCAGUCGUUUGGUUUUAUUUUUUUGGAUAAAAGAGGGUUGGUGGUUGGAAUUCUUGGCGACACAAAAGGAAGAGAGUUGAGUCAAUUACACAAAGUUCAUGUAUUGGUUCAUGAGUGCACCUAUGGAAUGGAGUCGACACUCAAAUACAUGCAUUCGAACCCGAAAAUUGCGGCUGAGUGCGCAGAAAGCGUUUUUGCAGAUUACUUACUUUUAACACACUUCUCGCCGAGAUAUCAAACACUUCAGAGUAUACAAAAAGAGACUGCAAAAUUUACAGAUGCGGAGGUUGUCAUUUUAAAUGAUUUCCAGCCUUUUGAUUUAAAAAUAAUUGAUGUCUGA